GGACACCCCACUCGACUGGCAGGACCACGCCUCCUCGUGGGGUGAGGGGCGCGGGGUUAUAUAGCGAGGUGCGCGACUGGAAUGUCAGCAAUCUCACUCGUGUUCCCUCGUCACACUCUGUGAGGCUUCCCUCAGGCCGCCAAAAUGCGUGAAUGCAUCAGCGUGCACAUCGGGCAGGCGGGCGUGCAGAUCGGCAAUGCCUGCUGGGAGCUGUACUGCCUGGAGCACGGCAUCCAGCCCGAUGGUUCCAUGCCUUCAGACAAAACCAUCGGUGGCGGCGACGAUUCCUUCAACACAUUCUUUAGUGAAACCGGCGCCGGCAAGCACGUUCCCCGCGCUGUUUUUGUGGAUCUGGAGCCCACUGUGGUCGAUGAGGUGAGGACUGGCACCUACCGCCAGCUGUUCCACCCCGAGCAGCUCAUCACUGGGAAGGAGGACGCCGCCAACAACUAUGCCCGCGGUCACUACACUAUCGGGAAGGAGAUCGUCGACCUCGUCCUGGACCGCAUCAGGAAGCUGGCUGAUCAGUGCACGGGUCUCCAGGGAUUCCUCAUCUUCCACUCCUUCGGCGGCGGCACCGGCUCUGGCUUCACCUCCCUCCUGAUGGAGCGACUCUCUGUGGACUACGGGAAGAAGAGCAAACUGGAAUUCUCCAUCUACCCUGCCCCUCAGGUUUCUACAGCUGUGGUUGAGCCGUACAACUCCAUCCUGACCACGCACACCACGCUGGAACACUCCGAUUGCGCCUUCAUGGUCGACAAUGAGGCCAUCUAUGACAUCUGCCGCAGGAACCUGGACAUCGAGCGACCCACUUACACCAACCUGAACCGUCUUAUCGGCCAGAUUGUGUCCUCCAUCACCGCCUCCCUCAGGUUCGACGGCGCCCUCAAUGUUGACCUGACAGAAUUCCAGACCAACCUGGUACCUUACCCUCGCAUCCACUUCCCUCUCGCCACCUACGCGCCCGUCAUCUCCGCCGAGAAGGCUUACCACGAGCAGCUCUCCGUUGCCGAAAUCACCAAUGCCUGCUUCGAGCCCGCCAACCAGAUGGUGAAGUGUGAUCCCCGCCACGGCAAGUAUAUGGCGUGCUGCAUGCUGUACCGCGGAGACGUGGUGCCCAAGGAUGUGAACGCUGCCAUUGCAUCCAUCAAGACCAAGAGGACCAUCCAGUUCGUUGAUUGGUGUCCCACAGGCUUCAAGGUUGGCAUCAACUACCAGCCGCCAACGGUGGUGCCCGGCGCUGACCUGGCCAAGGUGUCGCGCGCCGUGUGCAUGCUGUCCAACACCACCGCCAUCGCUGAGGCCUGGGCGCGUCUUGAUCACAAGUUCGACCUGAUGUACGCCAAACGCGCCUUUGUCCACUGGUACGUCGGCGAGGGCAUGGAGGAAGGCGAGUUCUCUGAGGCGCGCGAAGAUUUGGCUGCCCUGGAGAAGGAUUACGAGGAGGUGGGCGUGGACUCUACCGACGCUGAGGACGAAGAAGGAGGCGAGGAGUACUAGAAGGCGUGACAGCGAGGAGAAAGAUGGAAAAAGAGCUGAAACUGGACAUCCGAGAAGCGAGAAAAGGCGAGGAUCUAUCACACCAAGUCCUUCAUUUCUUCAUGAUCGGUAGAAGUCAUGCUCGAGCUGAUGGCCGAUGGCAGUCAAAGUCUCGGCCGUCUGUCUGGAAGCUUUUGAAGACAUUCCGAAGUGAAGCCUUUACUACUUUCUGAUAUGGAUAACUAAUAAAUGUUCCAGCUAAA